UGUUCCCUUGGCAACGCAGUACACAGACGCGAACCCGGGCAGCGCGCGUGCGAUGAGCUUCAACAAAGCGGAGACACUGCUUACCUACUCCUUUGGAACAUGUCAACAGAAGAAGAUCUUCCCUCACUUCCAUCUUCCAAACUUUUUGGGGAACAAGUUUGUCCCUCUUAGGGGAGAACCCCACAGAGGGCCUGGAUGUUACAUAACAGAAAAUAAUAUGUAUGACUUGGUAUACAACCUCUCUAAAAUCCCGACCAGUAAAAAAGGAUAUGCUUUGGGAGCCAGAACAGCCGUGAGGUUUCAGCCGAUCAGCAAGGAUAUGACACCUUACCCAGGCAUGUACCAGACGGUAAAUCCUCGAGAGCAAAAACACAAACAAAAUUUUGCUCCAUUUAAUGCCUUGUUGCCUCGAUUUAGGACAUACUCAAAGGACACGUAUCAUCUUGGCCCUGGCACAUACAACCCAAAAAUAAAGCCACCCCCCAAAAUCAACUGGCCAAUGAAAUUUGGAUCUCCAGACUGGGCUCAGGUUCCGUGUCUACAGAAGAGAACCUUCAAAACUGAGCUGUCCACCGACAAAGACUUUAGAAAGUUUCGGAACCGUGUGGCCUACCUAAGCCUGUUUUACAGUUGAGAAGCUGGGACUGCCUUCACUUGUUCCUCCUGACCCCAAAAUCUCCAGCGGGGAGGACAGAGUGUUGCUGUGACCCUCUUGUCUGCCAGCUUGGGGCCCAGGGUGGGGCGAGGGGCUCUUAUGUGAGAGCAUAUGUGAGAGCAAAAAGACCAGAGUACUCUC